UCGCAACUUAUCAGUAGAUUGUCAAAUUUUCCCAGAUCUCACUGCUUGGAAGUAACCCACUUUACAAUUUAUAUCAGGUUUCAAAUCCAGUAACAUAUAAGACGGUCGACAGUUGUGAAAGAUCAUUUUCAAGGUAUGGCUUUUCCUGCGCAUCAAGGAGAUGACAGCGAUGAUGGUAUGGACGAGUUUAUGGACAAAUUCACUGAGCAGAAAUACAAAAAUGCUUUCAAUGAAAACAACUGGGAAGAGGAGUUUGAUAAGGUUCCCAUGUUUAUGAAAAAAGCACCAGAGGAAAUUGACCCUGCAACGCAUCCAGACCUCGCAUGUCUACAGUCCAUUAUACACGACGAUGAUAGACCAUUAGAGGAGCAAGCAAAGAGUCUAAAAGAUGAAGGAAAUGAGUACUUCAAGGAGAAGAACUAUAAGAGAGCUGUAGUGUCGUACACUGAGGGGCUGAAGAAGAACUGUGCUGAUACUGCCCUUAAUGCUAUACUGUACACUAACAGGGCUGCAGCUCAUUUUCAUCUAGGUAACAUGCGCUCUGCUUUAAAUGAUGCUGUUGCUGCAAAGAAAAUUAAACCAGAUCACCUUAAGGCUAUUCUUAGAGGAGCCCAGUGUUGCAUGGAGCUGCAUAAUUAUGCAGAUGCUGUGCAGUGGUGUGAUGAGGGACUUAAGGUCCAUCCAACUGAUAAGAAACUGCUGGACCUAAGGGCUGCAGCAGACAAACAGAAGAGAGCAGCAGAGAGAGAUGCCAGAAAGGCCAAGGCGAAGGAAAAGAAGAAGCGCUCUGAAAAGGAGGCACUGUUGGCUGCCAUUAAAGAGCGUGGCAUUAAGCUACUGGAGCCUGACAACCCCAGGAGAAGAGGCUCGGACAGCGAGGAUGACGACGCUGAUAAGGAUCCCGUAGCGGCCAUGGCUACUCUGGAUUUAGAUGGUUUCAGUUCUCAGGAGGCCACGGGAGCGCGGGUGUUUAUGGAUGACCAGGGCGUCCUCCACUGGCCGGUGCUGUUCCUGUACCCUGAGCACCAGCAAACGGACUUCAUCUCAGCUUUUGCUGAGUCUUCCUGCUUUAUAGAUCACCUGUGUGUUAUGUUUGGAGAGGAGUUGCCCCCAUGGGAUACUGAACAAAAAUACCAGCCCCAAAAUCUUCAGUUGUUUUUCGAGGACCAUGAGAAGGAGCACCUUUAUCAAGUAGAUCUGGAGACACUGCUACUCAAAGUUCUUCAGCAUCAGAGGUGUUUCAUUAAAUCAGGCACACCUAGUUUCAUCAUCAUGGUGAAAGGAUCUGAAUUUAGUAAGCAGUUUUUAUCGGGGAAGAAGGUUCACCGAAUGAAAUGAUGUAAAGGCAAAAGGACCUUCUGAAAAGGACACGAGAUUGGAUCAUCAGCUGCCAGUCAAAAUGACUUCAAUCCAAAAUACAUGGCUUAGUGCUUGGAAAAGCGAGCUUCCCAUCAGAGAACAAAAUUACCAACAGCAGUCGACUGCCUGCUUGUCUUCGUAUUUAAACCAUUUAAUUACCCCAUCAACACGUGUAUUUAAUGCAUGUCACAGGCAGUGCCUAGUUUC